AUGGAACUCAUCUUGCUCCCGGUCCUCCUUUUCUUGCUGGCUCUCGCCAAUGCCACGGCAAUCCCCUCAUCUCUCUUGGGUGUUGAGACCAUUGUCGAUCUGGCAAAACGCAACGAAACCUCUGGCUCAGCUGCACUCGCCGAUCCUCUCACCUUCAACAUCAGUCCUAAUGCCGUCGGUCCUCCGUGCGGAAUGACCUGGGAAGUCAACAUCAAUGUCAAGUCUCGUGGCUCCAUCGGCGAUACCAGCACCUCCUGCAACGCCUUGUACAACUAUGUCACCUUGCCGUCCUCGUCCGUUUCUCAGACCAUCAGCAAGGAUGUCAACUUCGUUUACCUCUGUCCUGACACACCCACACCGAUCGUCCCCGAGGGGUAUGGGUACCGCGACAUCAAGUUCAUCGUCAAAGGAGGGUCAGAUUUCCCGAGCACUCAGAACACAUUCUUGGCCCAGUUGCAGGUCUUGAACAUCAACAACAGUCCAGAGACGGAUAUGAACAUGCCGGUUAAGAUUGGAUACACCGUCACCAACAAUGCGGACCCGUUGAAGCAGCUCAACUUGCAGUACAUCUAUUGUGGUUGA